AUCCUCCCAUGACAACUUGACUUCCGUUAUAAAUACAGUCAAACAUGGAUUCAUCCUCACUUUCCAGUUUCCCCUCUCCUCAAAAAAACUUAGACAUAAUCAUCUCUGUUACCUUUCUCUCAGUUACCGUUUCCCAAGCUACCAUUAUACAGUUCUAACUCUACACCUCUCUCUCAUUUCUCAAGACAAUAAGAAGCAGAACCAUAAGGAUUUUGGUUCUCUCUCGCUUCAAAUGGCUUCCUCCAUUUUCAUACAAACUUCGUUUCCAUCUAAGUCUGUGAAUAAAUUCUUGAAUACCCAUUUUAUCCCUUCCUUCAAACUCCCUGUUUCCCUCUCUUUCAAACCCCGAACCACCAUGCCCAAACGUGUCUCGGUCCGAGCCGGAUUGAUCGAGCCAGACGGUGGGAAACUCGUGGACCUCCACGUGGCGGAGCCGGAGCAGGAGUUGAAGAAGCGGGAAGCGGCGUUGUUGCCCAGGGUGAAGCUGACUAAGAUCGACCUGCAAUGGGUGCACGUGUUGAGUGAAGGGUGGGCUAGCCCGCUCACCGGAUUCAUGAAAGAAUCCGAGUUCCUCCAAACUCUUCAUUUCAACUCCCUCCGACUUGACGAUGGUUCCUUCGUCAACAUGUCGGUGCCGAUUGUCUUAGCUAUCGAUGAUUCUCAGAAGGAGAGGAUCGGUGAGUCCAACAGUGUCGCUCUCGUUGAUUCGGAUGAUCAGCCGGUCGCGAUUCUCUCCAACAUUGAGAUUUACAAGCACCCCAAGGAAGAAAGGAUAGCAAGAACUUGGGGAACUACUGCCCCUGGACUACCAUACGUUGAAGAAACUGUAACAAAUGCUGGAAAUUGGUUGAUUGGAGGUGAUUUGCAGGUUAUAGAGCCAAUCAAGUACCAUGACGGUCUUGAUCGUUUUCGGCUGUCACCUGUGCAACUGCGUCAAGAGUUUGAGAGGCGCAAUGCUGAUGCUGUGUUUGCUUUCCAGCUCAGGAAUCCUGUUCACAAUGGCCAUGCUUUGCUAAUGACAGAUACUCGUCGUCGGCUUCUUGAGAUGGGCUACAAGAACCCCAUACUUUUGCUUCAUCCAUUGGGGGGUUACACAAAGGCGGAUGAUGUUCCUCUUACUUGGCGAAUGAAACAACAUGAGAAGGUGCUUGAGGAUGGUGUGCUUGAUCCUGAAACAACUGUGGUCUCUAUAUUCCCAUCUCCUAUGCACUAUGCUGGCCCAACUGAAGUGCAGUGGCAUGCUAAGGCUCGGAUUAAUGCUGGGGCCAACUUUUACAUUGUCGGGAGAGACCCAGCUGGCAUGGGGCAUCCAGUUGAGAAGAGAGAUCUGUAUGAUGCUGAUCACGGGAAAAAGGUCUUGAGCAUGGCUCCAGGACUCGAGCGGCUGAACAUCCUUCCUUUCAGGGUUGCUGCGUAUGAUAAGACCCAAGGUAAAAUGGCUUUCUUUGACCCCUCAAGGGCUCAGGACUUCCUCUUCAUAUCAGGCACAAAGAUGCGGACACUUGCAAAGAACAAAGAGAACCCUCCUGAUGGAUUUAUGUGCCCUGGUGGUUGGAAAGUGCUGGUAGAAUACUACGACAGCUUGACAUAUUCCGACAAUGGCAGGAUUCCUGAAGCUGUUCGUGCUUAGAUGAAUUCUCACGUGUGAUCCAGCGCUUGUAAGGUUUCUCUGCCCAAAUCUCUUAAUAAAACCGUGAGAGGCAGUGGUACAGAGACAUGAAACUUGCCUUCCUGCAGUAAUUAAGGCCUUGUCCUUGAGCAUGAGGGCACAUUUUUCUAUAUUGUGUGUGGUUGUGUUCUUAAUGAAGAACAUGGAUUCGGGGAAAUGUUUCAAGGAUUCUCGUGUACUCUCUGGAAAUCAUAGACGAAAUACAUCAAGAAAAAAACUCUUAACAAGA